AUGUAUGAAAACAUGUCCACGAUGGUGUAUUUAAAGGAAGAGAAGUUGGAGAAGCUUACUCAAGAUGAAAUCAUUGCCAAAACGAAGCAAGUGAUUAAUGGACUAGAAGCACUGAAGAAUGAACACAACUCAAUUUUACAGAGCUUACUUGAAACACUGAAAUGUUUGAAGAAAGAUGAUGAAACUAAUCUGGUUGAAGAAAAAUCAAACAUGAUUCGAAAGUCACUGGAAAUGCUGGAGCUUGGCCUUAGUGAAGCACAGGUAAUGAUGGCCUUGUCAAAUCACUUAAAUGCAGUGGAAUCAGAGAAGCAGAAAUUGCGUGCUCAGGUUCGCCGGUUAUGCCAGGAAAAUCAGUGGCUACGGGAUGAACUAGCCAAUACACAACAGAAACUACAAAAGAGUGAGCAGUCUGUGGCUCAGCUGGAGGAAGAAAAGAAACAUCUAGAAUUCAUGAAUCAGUUAAAAAAAUACGAUGAUGAUAUUUCACCAUCAGAGGAUAAAGAUACGGAUUCCACCAAAGAGCCUUUGGAUGACUUAUUUCCCAAUGAUGAAGAUGACCAAGGACAAGGAAUUCAACAGCAGCACAGCAGUGCAGCAGCUGCUGCCCAACAAGGUGGCUAUGAAAUUCCAGCAAGAUUAAGGACCCUUCAUAAUCUCGUUAUCCAGUACGCUUCCCAAGGUAGAUACGAGGUUGCUGUCCCGCUCUGUAAACAAGCUCUUGAAGAUCUGGAGAAGACUUCAGGACACGAUCAUCCUGACGUUGCCACUAUGUUGAACAUUCUUGCUUUGGUGUACAGAGACCAGAACAAAUACAAAGAUGCAGCAAAUCUCCUGAAUGAUGCCUUGGCUAUCCGUGAGAAGACGUUGGGCAAAGAUCAUCCAGCGGUGGCAGCAACUCUAAACAAUCUUGCAGUACUUUAUGGUAAACGAGGCAAGUACAAAGAAGCUGAACCAUUGUGUAAGCGAGCUCUGGAAAUCAGAGAAAAGGUUCUGGGGAAAGAUCACCCUGAUGUUGCCAAGCAGUUAAAUAACUUGGCUUUACUAUGCCAGAACCAAGGUAAAUAUGAGGAGGUUGAAUACUACUAUCAGAGGGCACUGGAGAUUUACCAGACUAAGCUGGGGCCAGAUGAUCCGAAUGUUGCGAAAACAAAGAAUAACCUGGCAUCCUGCUAUCUAAAACAGGGCAAAUUCAAGCAAGCAGAAACUUUAUACAAAGAGAUUCUUACUCGCGCUCACGAACGGGAAUUUGGCUCUGUAGAUGAUGAAAAUAAGCCUAUUUGGAUGCACGCGGAAGAGAGGGAAGAAUGCAAAGGAAAGCAAAAAGAUGGCACAUCUUUCGGAGAAUACGGUGGCUGGUACAAAGCUUGCAAAGUUGACAGUCCAACAGUAACCACUACCUUAAAGAACCUUGGGGCACUUUACAGACGACAGGGCAAAUUUGAAGCUGCUGAAACAUUAGAAGAGGCAGCAAUGAGAUCUCGUAAACAGGGUCUUGACAAUGCUCAUAAACAGAGAGUUGCCGAAGUGCUGAAUGACCCUGAGAGCAUAGAAAAAAGGCGAAGCCGAGAAAGCCUCAACGUUGAUGUGGUAAAAUAUGAGAGUGGUCCUGACGGAGGCGAGGAAGUGAGUAUGAGCGUAGAGUGGAAUGGGGAUGGCACUGGAUCUUUAAAGCGCAGUGGUUCCUUUAGCAAACUUCGCGCUUCCAUUAGACGCAGCAGCGAGAAGCUGGUUAGAAAGCUGAAGGGAGGAAGUUCACGAGACAGUGAACCAAAGAACCCAGGGAACGAAAUAAUUGUCUGACAGACUGGCGAGCUCUGAGUGUCAGUCACACCGAUUUGGCACAUUGAGAUUCUGGGAGAGAAGCUAGCUAAUAUGCCUGGGUGAAUAAAGAAGCACUGAGACCUUCAAAGCUUUGGUUCCUCCUCAUUGUCUGUAGGGACACCUAGGUGGUAGAUGCUGGUUUUUUCCAAUGGACUGCUGGUUUUCCUUUUCUAAAUAGGAACGAUUUUAAACACAGUAUUAGUGGGUGUUUUCUUCUAAAGGAAAACUGUAGAGAGAUAUUGCUCAUUGCCCUGCUCCCAUCCACGCUUCGUUUCUUCAAUAGAUCCCAGUAUUACAGCAGCCAAAAAAAAAAAACAACCCAGACCCUAUUUGGAGCGUACCAAAACGCAAAGAUGUUGGAAAUCGCAGGCAAACUUAAAUGUG